AUGGAUUCGCACGAUUUCCCGCAUUUCCACUAUACAAGUGUGAGUUCUUUGCACAUUUUCUCCACUAAUUUCCUGACAAAUCUUCGAUUUUCCGCCCGAAAAACUUGCGAGUGAUUUUUGCUCAAAAACAAGGCGAAUAAAAAGAUGAGUGAUUUGCGGAUGCGAAUUGAAAUUCGCUCGAAAAGGAGACGUUUUGCAGAUGCCCUCGAGCAGUACUUCAAAGGAAUCAACGAGGACGACGUCGGCACGUCUUCAAAAGAAGAUUUCCAGAAGACACACCACCGCCUCGGCCUUCCCGUUUCCAAUUCACAUUCCCGAAACGUCGACGCCCAAGGAACUUGUGCGAGGUAUUCCCGUGCGAUCACGUUCGCAAUCUGAAGUAAUUUUCCGCUGAAAAUGUGGCUUAACUUUUCAAACUCGGCCCCGAGGUCAUUGCAAUUUAAAUUUUUUCCACUGCAAAAAUAGUUUCUCAAUAGAGCGCGAUUGCGCCGCCAUAAUAUUUUGCCUGCCAAAUUGCUAAAAACAGCAAUUUAUUUGUGUAAGAAUGGCCGAUGCAUCAUCAAGUCUUCUGGCUCCAAACAAAAACACAAAUUUCUCAGACAUAUCGUCGUGCUCGCUGAACUCGUCGCUAAUUGAAGACGAUCUCAUGUGGAGGUUUGUUCAUUUAUUCAUUUGUCAUUCCCCCCGUCAAAUUCCCAUUUGUUUUCCCCGUCCGAUCCUAUCCGACCGCACGUGCCAAACCAGGAAAAAAAACUACGAAAAUUUGUUUUUCGCCACAUUUUUCACCGAACAUUUGUAUUUUUCUGGUUACUGUGAGUGUUUUCGCCUUCAGAUUUUAUGCGACUGACAUGUGACGUAUUGGAUUUGCGAUGCUUUGACUUUUAGCUAAAAACGCUAAAUUUUUUUCCCAUUUUAUCCCAUCUCCCAUUCGAAUUCUCCAUUUUUCUUGCCUCCAAAUAUCCCUCCUCUAAAAUUCAAUUAUCCGCCCCGUCGGAUACUCUUUUUUCGCCGAAUUGUCGUCGGUGAGCUGUUUUUUCUCCAUAAAACCACUAAAGAGGAUGUUCUUAACAAUAAGAAAAAUCCUGAUGAGCGCUUUGCACAGAACAAUGUUAAAAUAUAAAUGGGCCGAGAAGGCCGGUUUAAAAUAACUUUACAACACGAAAAAUGUCGAUAUUUCCUUUCCGUCUCCCUCUUUUUAUCCCUCUCCGCCCCAAAUUAAUUCAGUUUCUUUGCGUUUUCGUGUAGCGAGAAAUGAUGAUGAUAGGUCCCCUCGCUUCUUUCGCGUCUUCAAAUAGAUUAAUCCAAUUCAUCAUCAUCACGAUAUAUUUCCUUUCUAUUUUUAGCGUUUUCCCACCAAUUUGUACCUUGAAAAACGUGGCCGAAUGACGCAUUUUCAACGCUGAAAUUGUCUGGGAAAAGGAGAAUCCAGGAAGUUUAGUGGUUUUCGAAAAACAAGAGAAAUUCUCGGUUGGAAUCCCCUGGAGACUGUUUGUUUGAGGCCACGCACUCCAAAUUUCGGAUGAGGGUACAUUAAAGUCCGCGUUUUUUUUUUGCAAUUUGAAGUGCCUUCUGGAGGCCAGCAGCUCACCGAGCAACCGAAUUGAUUGUUUGAAGCAUUUUUUUCGCUAACAAAUUGUAAGCAAUUUCUCAAUCAACGCCAACCGAAUCGCUCGCCCAAGGGAAACUUGCUGCAAAUUUUGUGCUUCACGACUUUGUAAUUCAUCAUCUAAAUGCAUUUUAUUCCAAAAUCCGUCAGUCAGUCUUGAGUUAUCUUCUACAGGCGCCUCGUUUAAAUUUGAAUUUCUCAUCAUCUCCCCUUGACUCAAAAACACGCACGUGUGUAUGUGUCUGCGUGAGAACAUGUUGGUGUCUCGCAAAAAAUUGUCCUCUUCCUCGGCGCCAAUCGGGAAAAAUUUGGCGAAGCGCGCAGAGAAAUGCCUCCAUUUUGGCUCUCUUUUUCGCCUCCGGUGUAGCACCUUUGAAAAGUGGCUAAUUUUAAGGCGGAAAUUUGCAUUUCCGCUCUAGAAAUUACGUCUGCUAGCUAAUUUUAGAGGAGAACGUGAUGUUUGACGCCGAUUUUUGGCCCAAAAGUUGAUUGCACUUUUCGAUUCGGUUUCGAUGCUAAAAACCCGUAAGCUUUACGUUUCUCAAUUUUCCCCAAAAAUGUCAUUUGGGAAUCCGUCGUCGGACUAAUGAAAAUUUUCCAUCAAAGUGAGCUGAAAUGCAGUGAGGCGAGCCGUUUAUAAUUAGGAAUCCGUCGAUGCGAGUGAAAGAGAGAAUUUAAUAAAAGUUUGUCGCCUUUUCGCCUUGUCGACUGAAAUUUGCAAGUUGGAAAAUGUUUGGUGAUCAGGGCGAGACGUCCGAAGAGCAAGAUAGGCUUGAGAAGAAUAAUGUAACUCACUCCUACAAGAAGCAUGAAAUCCCCGUAGCAUUCCGCUCGUAAACGGAUCGUCCAAUCGAUCGUUUGAUGAUUGAAAAAGAGUUAAAAAUAGACAAUUUUCUGAUGGAGGCCAAGGUACUGAUUCAGUUCACUUGAUUUUUUGAAAAUGAGUUCAUUGUGUUGUAAACUUACAAAGAGACACAAAAAGCACGCAUGAGCGGCCAUUUUUCAAAAAAAAAAAACUAUUUUUCCAGAGACCCCUAGAAUUGUUUGCGAGUUUCUUGUUGCUCUUUGCUAGUUUUGAUCAUAAUGAACGCAUUCACGAAGAGAAUGAGUUGAGUAAGAUGAAUCAGCAUUCUUCGAACAUCACGCAUUUAAAGUCCCUAACACGCUGCAUAUGAGCCUUCCUGGACGACUGCCGUGCGACCAUGUUUUGAUACCAAAAGUAAACAGACAAGAAACAAGAAACCUCCGCGAGACCCCAAAAAGAAAUCACCGUGUGUCGCGCCGCGAAUCGGCGCCCAUCUCUGAUAUAAACCUAAUUUUAAAAAAAAACGUAUUCCGAUGGUUUCAUCCGCAAUGACAUUUUUGAUCCAAAAAGCCAAAAAUAAGCCAAGACAUUUUUGAAAAAGGCAAUUCAUGUGAAAGCUCGGAUGUUUCGAGUGUUGCUCCUCGCGCCGAGCCGGAGGCCCCCGCUUUCAUUCUAAACGUAGCCGUUGUCUGAGUGUCUGCGUCUUUGCGUGAAGCCCUCUUUCUGUGUCUUUCUUCUGCGAAAGACAUGUUCACACGUCUUCCUCCUCCUUUUCCGUAUUUCUACCCCCGCAGCUCUUUCGCUCUCUUUUGCCGUCUUUUUGGCGGCUUUACACCUGAAAAUUGCACACUUGUUGCCAGUUUCACACAGAAAUGUCAAUUUGUGGCCUAAAAGGACACUCUUGUUUUAAAGAUUUGAGCCGAAAAACCAAUUUGACAAAUUGGAAAGCAGUUUUCCAAUUUCUAUAAGCCAAUCGGCGAAAGUGCAUUGCUCUCCAUUUGAUUUCCGUUUAUUUUUGGCUUCUCCAGACUUUUUUGAUACUAUAAUUAAUUCUGGGUGCGGAUUAGUUUGAGGAUUUGCAAUCGGAUGACUAUCGACCAAUCCAAUCAUGUUCCGCUGAUAACUUCCCUCUUUUUUUUUGCGCGCGCGAGGAUUAUCCGAAAAGCGUUCUGGACUUUGAGCACACUUUCUUUUUUUUUUUUUUGCAGAGAAAGUGACCUUUUGUAAGCGGACUUUUAAGAGCUUUUCUGAAAAUCUGUUGCUAAACAACCGCGCUUCACUGCACUCUGUCUGCACUUGGCGUUUUGCAUUUUUGCUGAAAUUCCAUGUUGUGUCUUUUUUCGACGAUGAUUCUUCGGUAAAUGUCUCAAGUUUUGAAUAAAAAACUGCCCUUAUUCUACGUCAUUUCCUCGCUCGUCAACCACUUUUUUGGGUGUGCAUUGUCGUGUCUGAAAUUCGAUCCACCUCUCCGUUUUCUCUUUGCUUUUUCGGUCGGUCGCUUUUUCUCGAAUUUUCAGUAGGCGUUUCGCGAAAAUUGUCCACUUUUUCGGCCUGUCCAGCCGCGUCAAAUUUAAUUGGAAAAACACGUUGACAAUUUUGUUGGCUAUUUGUAGCGGUUGCCAGAAAUCGGUCGAUGAAGAGGCGACAAAAAUUAUAAAUUCCACGUUUCCUCCUUCCGUCAUUUUUUUUUUGGUGGGGAAAACGCGCACCGAGAUUUGUGAAUAUUUCAUUAGGUUCGCACGCAUUUUUCUCUAUUUCUCCGUGAAAGAUUAGGGGCAUUUUUGCUGUGUUUUGAGUGCUUCACAAGUUGUCGCUUUUUUCUCCGCUUCGGCCCAGGCUUUUCGGAGGCCUGGACUAUUGACCCACUUGCAAUUAUCCGAUCGGGCCGAAACUUUCAAUCCAAGUCCAAGAAGCCUUCAAAGUUUGGGUCCGACUCGAUUGUUGCAAGUGGGUCAAAAGUCCAGGCCUCAAAACGCCUUCGAAAAGCCUGGGCCCUCAAAUUCGGCGUUGUUUUUUCUCCGCGUCACAAUUCGAAUGCAUCAAUAAAUUCGGCUGUCUAUUCCCCGUCCAGAUGCCCUUUGUCUUCCCAAUUUCCUCGUUUUAAAACGUUCGUUUCCACCCAUAAAACACACCUUUUCGCACAGGAAAACUUACGUCACAAAAGACACUUUUCUCUCUGCUAUUUUUUUUGGCCGUCGACUCGUUUUUUCCCCGUCGAAUUCAAUUUCGACAGCCCCGCUUUUCCUUUUUUUUUUUAUCUUGAGAAGAUCCUAGGGACACAUUUUUUUCUGUUAAAUUUUUGGUAAAACCAGGCUGGGCCGUGUGCGGGUCAAAAGUGCAGGCCUCAAAAAGCCUUGACCGGUUUUGUUUACUCUGGCGAAUUUUUGAAGGGCGAUAAUGAUGCGCACAUUAGUUUUUGGCGAACGUGUGUGUUCUCCGCCUUCUUUGUUCGUUUCCCAUCGGUUUUUAGUUAUCCAAAUACAGAAUUGGUGGCCUACAAGUUUUUCGCGAACAUUUUGAAAGUUUGAAUGUCAUUUUUGUUUGAACCGCUAAAAACGCUAAAAUUGUUUUCGACUGCACUUUUUCGCGCCUAAAUCCACCAGGACACCACGUAAAUGUCACCUGCUCACUUUUCGUCGUUUUCCACCAAUAGGCAGGCCUCUCGCUGACACAAGUUGCUCAAUGAGCCGUCCACUUUUUUUUUCUCUCGGCCUGGAGAAUUCCUAUAUAUAAUAGUUGUGCUCAGACCGGAAACGAAAAUGUCGAAAUGGCUCAGAAAAUGAUUAUUAUUACAAAUUCCCGCUUUUUGUCGCUCCUCCUCCUCCUCCUCCUCUUUGAAAUUGACGAUCAUCGGCGGGACGCGCUUUUCGUUUUGUUUGUUUGUUCAGGCGUCUAUGGCUCCUGGAGCUCGCGGAGCUCGAGCUUUUUGCUCUUUUGAAACUGCUCUGGAAUAAUUCUCAAAAGCUCGACGCUUUUCCAAUGUUUUACCCCCCAAAAAGAAAGACUAUUCCUGAACGAAAAACUAUCGCUUCUAAUCUAUCCUCUUUAGACGUUUUUGAAUGUUCAGCAAAAACGAUGUUUCUUUUUUCUAUUCGCUAAUUUUUUCACAAAUUUCUAGGCGAGGAAACGAGGAGACGCUAGUAGCAGUUGGUUCGGAUGAGAAAGAGGAUCGGAAGCAGAAGAAGGGCGUAGAUGAUCAGAAGCGAGGCAGUGACUCCCCGCUCCACUCGUGCUCGAAUUCGUCCGCCUCGACAGUCGUCUACAAUCCGACGCCGCCCUCGACGGCCGAUCACUUCUAUCAGCAGAGACCGCUCGAGUUGCCCACGCUUCUCGUCACUUCCUCUCCCUCCACCGUCUUUGAUUCUGGUAAGAGAGAUUGGUUGUUUUAUAACUAGAAUAUUAAUUAAGUGUUCUUUUUUCGUCCUUUUCAUAGAUGUUUUGCACAUAACGUUUUGGCGAUAACCUUCCCCUGAGUUUUUUUAAAACCAAUCGCCGAAACGUUGGAUGUGCCCCAAACAUCGAUGAAAGGGUCCAAAAAGGAACACGACUCUCCACGCUCACAAACUUAAUGCAAAACACGUAUUCAAAAAGAAGCAAAAAUCGUUUUGAAUACACUUAGUGCAUUUCAGACGGAUCGCUGUUCUCGUUCAACGUCAAUCGUCACUUUGACUCGUCGAGCAGCUCAAUAAUGAGCGGGCUCACUUUUCAGGUAAAUGUAGACAUUCGAAUCGAAUUUGGCAGCGUUGCCAAAGGCCCGGCCUCCAAAACAGUUGUGAUUGAAGUGGAGAAGAAGCUGUAAAAGUUAUUCGGAGAGAAAAACGAUUGUUUCGUCACAAACUAACACGAAAAUCGCAGAAUCCGUGUCCUUUUGUUGAUGGCCGGGCCUUUUGCAACGCUGCCAGAUUCGAUUUCGAACUGUUUUUUGUUGUUAACAAUUGUUUCAACUGUUGUCAUUUUUGCCCCCAUUUUCAGCUCCAAUCUGGAAUUCACAAAAAGGCGAUUUCGGUGGAAGCGAACGAGAUUGCGCUUCGCGAUUUGCGCAAUGAGGCAUUUCAGUUUAUCAAGGAAAUUGUGAGUUUUGGGCCGGCCGAAUAGCCUUUGAAAGUCGGGUGCAGGCGUCUGUUCGUCUCCGAUGAACACGCGAAGGCGAACUGACCGUCCGCCUGAAACUGAAGGCGGAAGGCAUGGGUUUGUGAAUGGAACAAUUCAGACGGCGUGCGGUCAGCCUAGCCUAAAAUUAAAAAUGUUCAUCUUCUCGUCAAAAACAAUUGUUUACAGUACCCGGAGCGUGGAUGUGAAUCGUUGCGAGACCACAUUCUACUGUACAAGCACGAUUUGCGAUCGAUCAAUAUACUGCAACUGAUCAGCACCGCGUCGGAUGUGACGGACGGCACACUUGUCGAAGUGGUCAUCGGAUGUAAGCUUUUUGCGAUUUUCCACAAAAAUGUACAAUAUAUGAUCAGGUCUCAGUCAGUUACACGUCAAUUCCAACGCAUCCUUAAAGAGAUUACAGACUUUUCAGAUGUUCCGCCAUUUCUUCUGUUAACUCUUGAACACAAGUCUGUUGUUUGGUUUCCUGUUCCUUUCCACUGAUUUUCAUAGUUGUUUUCUCUAUAUUUCCACUACGAAAUUUUUGUGGGAGAUAUUUAUACCAUGAUGUUACCAUUACCAUCGAAUAGAGCGUAAAAGUUACACCAUUGUUAGCAAAAGGAACUUUUAGGGCCACAUUUGAGGCCUCAACGGACUUCGCUCCGCUUUUUCCGCUGUUCCCAUCCCAAAAACCGUUUAUUCUUUAAAAUUUUGUAAACUGAAGAGGUUGUAAAGCGCCCCCUCGGCCCAAUUAUGGGCGCUCCGUCUAGGUAGGGGCGCCUUGUUGCCAACAAUACAUGUGGUAGUCAUUGGUCCAUGAAGAUCUAACGGAUCAAGUCCGCUGAGGCCUCAAAUGUCGCCUUAAAAGUGGGUUUUGGGAACAAUGAUGUACUGGACUCUAUUCCAAAUUCCAAAUGCUUCCGAAUUUUUCAAAUUUCCUCUACUCUUUUUUUUACUUUUUACCAAUUGCAACACAAAAGCGAACUCUGAAAAUGUUUUGUCUCAACGCUUCCGCUCAAAGCUGCCCGUUCCCAUCCGUUGGCUGAAAAAGAGAAAAGAGAGACGGAGACGGGCGGACGAGCCGCUUUUUGUUGUGUUUUUGUUCCCUUUCUGCUCUUUUUCCCUCCAUUCGUUCGAUCCGCUCAUGUUUCUAGCCCUCGCCCCUCAAUUUACCGAUCUCUUCUCUCCAUUUUUUCUGCGAAAUUGAGAAACUGAUUUAGCCGUUCUAUCCGAUGGAGUCACUUUUUGCCCUCUCCUGCAUAAUCGGGUCAAAUUCAUACUGAGAAUGCGCGAAAAGCUCUGAUUUCUUCUUCUUCUUCUUCUUCUUCUUUCUCCUUCUCUUCUCCUUCUUCUUUUUCUUUUUCACUUUCGCAACACACACGCGAAAAGAUGGAAAGUUGAUGAAAUUAGCAUGAUUUAGUGGGCACACUUUUCUAUCGCGUACGCUCACAAAUCCCCGGGCAGUCUAAGGACGACGACGACUCUUUCUUUCUUUCUUUUCGCGUUUUUGCCCCUUUCUAGAUCAGUCCUUGCGAAAGUUCUACGUCUUCUGGAAAAAAAUGAGGGAUUUCCCAGUGAUUUCCAGUGAAGGAUGCUGCAUUUUUCGCACUUUCAGCAGGGCUCGGCAAAUUUCGGCGUGCGAGAGUCCGAUCGGACCGAAACUUUGCAGGCUUCUUAGACUUGGAUUCAAGUAUAUUGGGUCCGAGUUUCAGCCCGAUCGGAUUAUUUACUGUCUAGAUAUAGUGCCUGAGGGCCAAUGGUCUACAUAUCUCGGGACCAGAUGAUCUGAUCGGUCUGAAACUCGGACCCGACAUACUUUAAUCCAAUUCCAAGAAGCCUGCAAAGUUCGGGCCCGAUCGGAAUACUGGUUUUCGAAUCUGUUCCUAAAGGAUUUCUUUGAAAAUCGCCUUCCUCUACUGUCGUUUCACACUUUUUUCGUGCGCUCGUCCGUUCGGUUCCGUGCAAGAGAAAGUAGGAGGGAAAGAAGAAGAAGAAGAUGAUGACGUAGAGCUCCCCCUCGCAUACUCAUCCACACACACACACACACACAUACGGGAUGAAGAAGAAGAAGAAGAAGAAGAAGAAGUAGGAGAAGUAGGAGAAGGAGAAGCAGUGGUGGAUUAUGUGACGAUGUAGAUGAAGAGCUCAUCAUCAGAUUACGGGCCGACCAACUCUCGCCGCCCCGAUCACUUUGUGUUUCUCGUGUUUUUUUUUCCGCUGUUGAUGAUAAGACGGAACAUUCGGGAUUUCUCUACAUCUGGAACUUUUUCGGCGUUUCUAGAAGUUUCUAAAGUUGUUUUGACUGAUGCCCUGAUAAUGAGAGCAAUCAGGGGAGGGGGUUGAACGUUUUUCGGGCAUUGCCAGUAUUUUCAAAAAUUACACCACUGUGCUAUCGGUGAUCCCGAUCUCCGGCGCCUCUCUUAUAUCAGAAAAGGUUUCGCAUGCCGAGACGUCAAAAUCGGAAGCGAUCUUUCGAACUCUAGCGGGUUUCCUUGUUCCGAACUUAUUUUAUUUUCCCCAUUCGAAACUCUACGUUAAAACAAAACAAGGACACGUUUCUCAUCUCUUUCUCUCUUUCCCUCUCUUCCAAAUCUUGUUUAUCAUCUGAAGAAGAAGACGAAGCUCGGCGUUUUCAUAUUUUUUCAAAGUUUCUAUUGGAAACUGCUCGGAUGAGCGAAACUAUGGCGAUUUUUCGCAAAAAUCUACAUUUGACGCGUAUUUUUUUUUGUUGACAUUUCCAACUCGUUUUUAAGCCAAUUUCGCCCGUCCGAUAGUCUAGACCCAGCAUGAUCUUUUUUUGCGAGAUCAAAACCAGGUUCACUUGAUAAUCUGUCUGCUCGGAAAAGAGUUCAUUUUUGGUCUUUCGAUCGAUUUGGAAACGAAAAAGUGGAAGGAAAGAAGAAGGGAGGCGGAUUAUUAUCAUUAUUGUAUAAUUGGAGAUUUGGCAUAAUAUUUGUGGUGGUGUGGCCAGAAAUAGGCUUCCGAAUUGGGCUCAUCACUUGUCAUUAGUCCAUUUUAGGGGAUUAUAGUGUGUGCAUGGCUCUUUUCCAUAAUUUCAUGUUCCCAUCAAAGUAACAAUUCCCAAAUUCUAGCCGGCUUUAAAGUUCUCAAGUCUUUUUCUAGUUUGAGGACACGCUUCUCUAGGUCUUUGUAAACGUUUCGAAAUGAAUUCUCCUCGAAUUCGAACGCAUCAAAACCUUGCCAUGAACUUGUGUUUGGCUUUUUUCUAAUCAGAUCCUAGGCCUAGGCCUACCCACUUGCAAUCUUCCGACCGAUCGGAUCGAGGCAAAAAAGUUGGGUAAAACCGACGGGCCUAAAACUUGGACACCAAAGAGUUUCAAUCCAAUUUCAAAAAGCAAUGUAAAGUUUGUGUGCGUUUCAUUGAUUACAAAACGUACUUGAAACCCGUGCUCAUCUUUGGGCUUAUAAAUACGGAGCCAAAUGGGGCUCUGGGACUUUUCUCAAAUCUCUUCUAGAAGGAUACAGUCAAUUGUCUCUCCUAAAAUUGAAGCUCUCAAACUCUAACUUGGCCAAACGUUGAGGUCUUUGAAAAUCCCCUCUUGGUCCUGGACUACUCGUUCCAAUCUCCUCCACUCUUUCGUUUUCGUUUCUCAUUAUAACCCACGGGCUUCUAGUGAAGAUGAUGAUGAUGAUGUGCUCCUGGAGCUCUCGGGCGGCCGCACGGAUGGAAUAAUUCAUAUCUAUGUAUAUAUCCACGCGGCCCUUCGUUUUCUUUUUUUUUCUCUAUUUUUUGUGCUCUUUUUGCGGCUCACACACACAAACACGAGGAGAGCUCAUUUAAAUUUGAACCUUACCAGAUUGAGUGCCUGAAAAAUGUCGAAAAUUAUUGAGCGCUAAUCCUCGGAUAUUUUGUCGAUGAACCAAACUUUUCAAAUGGAUUUUCAAUGAUUUUGUCGCCGGCGGCAUCCGGCCGGAAACUGAUAAUAUAUAUAUAUAUAUAUAUACUUAAUCCGCGCCUCCUCUUUUCCAACUCUUUCUCUUUCUGUCUCUCCUACUCAUAAUCCCCCUUUUUUUGAAUAAAAUUGAGCAGAGGAUUUUCACUCUCGACACACUAGUGUUUGCUUUCAGUUUUUUCUUUUCCGUUCCGUUCCCUUGCCAACCAUUUCGGUGCCUUUCAGACACCCUAUCAAUUUGUUCCUUGGUCUUCUAGCUCCCGCGAAUUCAUGGACUUUACACCUUGACAAUAGCAAAUCGCGACGUAACAAUGACGGAUCAGGCGAAAAGCGGUGCGGGGCCGCGCAGUUCCUCUUCAUCGACCGCGCACGCAAACAACUCAUCGGCCACGUCUUCUGCUUCAACGUCUUCGUCGUCGUCGAAAAUGAUGAAAAAGCAGCAGAGGGCGAAGAGUUGUGCGACUCCGCACUCGGGCAGGAAAUCGCCGCGGUUGGAGACGAAAGCGAUGACUAUUUCUUCGUCGCCGACGCCUCCGAACCGAGUGCUCUUCCAGCAGGCCUCGUUCGCCGUCGUCGAGGAUCUGAAGGAGAUGUCGACGCUCGUGAAACGCAACAAAAAGAGCCAGCAGCCGGACGUCGGUCGCAGGACUCUUAUUGUCAUUGGCGGUAGGGGAUUGACUAGCAGAAGAACUGACUGAGAACCUGAUCGAAAUGCUGUACACAAAAAUGCGUAUAUUGGAACUGAAUAUAACUCUAAAAACGUUCAAGUUCCUGACCCACAAGGGCAAGGAAACGCGCUCUGCAACACUCUGCACUUUACUUUUUCAUUCUCGUCUCCAAAUCAUAAUGCGUGUGUUCUCCGCGACGAAAAUGAAGAAGAAACGUGCAGAGUGUGGCGGAGCGCGUUUGAUGAGUCAAGCAAUUGUCUAAUUCCGAAAAUUUGCAGCAUGUCCGCAAAACGAGCGAAUCGUGGUGCACCCGCACACGCUGUUCGUGCACUCGUACAAAGUGCCGACGUUUUGCGAUUUCUGCGGCGAGCUGCUGUUCGGACUCGUCAAGCAGGGACUCAAGUGCUUCGGCUGCGGCCUGAACUACCACAAGCGGUGCGCCUCGAAGAUCCCGAACAAUUGCAACGGAUCGAAGCAGCGGAGGCCGUCGGCCAUCCCGCUCUCGCCCUCCAACUCGAACAUUUUGAAUUUGAACGAGCGACGCGUACGUUUUUUUCUCUUUAGAUUUUGAUAUUCCCCUCUCGUCCUUUUGACUAUCUUCCAUUUUCAGCAAUCGCGACGGGACUCGUGCCUCGAGGCGCUCGAUGCGGCGCGUCCGUCGUCGACACUCGGCGGAGCGGCCACUCCGAACAUUCUCGUCACUUCGGACGAUUGCGGUGAUCCCAUCGGUGGAAAUGUUUGUUUUUCCCGAUGCAUUUUCAGUAGAACUCGCACAAUUUGCUCUUCCAGUUUCUUCAAAUGCCACGAAAAGAUCGGUCGUGCUCGUGGAGCGGCCGGCCUCUUUGGAUGGAGAUUGCCGAGGCAACGCGCGUCAAGGUAACCAUUAGUUUUACGGAAGUUUUGCGAGUUUUUCGAUUUCUGACACUAGAGUUCAUUUGUUGUUUCUCGUCACUAGACAAAUUUUCAAUAGCUAACCAUUAUGUCUCACACAACUUUCGACAGCUUUCCACACAAUUCUAGUACCUGAUCGCAGAAAUCACGAUUGUGGCCCUCUCAAUUUUAAAAAUCAGGCGCUGUAAUUGAGCCCGGUGGUUAUUUUGUAUGGCCAAACGAAUGACACUCAUAGAUUUUCGACAUCUCUGCUAAUUUCAUACAUGCGGAAAAGAAGGGCCAAACUGAAAAAAACAUUUCCCCACCCUAGCGGGAGAACACUAAUUUCAGUGAAGCUUAGCCGUAAUUUUCAUGUGUUUUUUGUUUAAACAGAUCAUUUCCGUACAGUUUAGGCAAAUUCGAACAUGCGGAAAUAGUUAUUAAUGGUUCGUUCUCUGAAAAUUUCAUCACUCAAUUUCUAAUUUUAAUGGGAAAAAAAGACUCCCAUGAAAAAUUAAGAAAAAUGAAUAUUUUCCUCAAAUGCGAUUUGCUUUUUGUUUCAAAAUUCAGCGGGUCCCGCCAUGACACGACAGUGCCCGUAUUUUCAGAUUUUGGGCCUUUCGUGAGAAAUUAUCCAGUUUUCGUGGGAUUUCGCUGUAAUUUCGUCGGUACGAUCAAAGUUUAGGCGCACUGUAUCCAAUUUUGGAUUCUCUCGAAGGACUCCUUGCCUUUGUCAUCAUUUUCAGCGAGAGAAAAAUCCAUUAGUUCCGAGAGAAAUGCUAAUUUUUCGCACGCAUUUGAAAUUUCGGAAAAUGCGCUUUCCACUAUCUCGCAUUUUCUCGGCUUUUUGGUGAAAUAUCAAACUUUUAGUGUUCGAGAAGAUGCGUAUUGUUUUACAGGUGCCGCACACGUUCCAAGUGCACAGCUACAAACGGCCGACAGUCUGUCAACAUUGCAAAAAGUUGCUCAAGGGCAUUUUGCGGCAAGGAAUGCAGUGCAGAGGUACUAUAUUAAUCAGGCAUGGGCGAGCGAUUCGGUUGACGUUGAUUGAGAAAUUGUUUUGCGAAAAAUUGCGCGUGAUAGAAAUAAGAGAUGCAAAAAUGGUAAUUCCAUCGUCCCCAAAUUUUUUCUCUGCUUCAAACAAAAAUCCGCCCAGGCCUGCUAGCGUCAUUUCAGAGUGUCGCUUCUCCUCUGUUUAUAGACACAUUGGUGCUGUACAGCUUUCACAAAAAUUGUUUCAGACUGCAAAUACAACUGUCACAAAAAGUGCAGUGAACUGGUGGCGAAGGACUGUUCGGGCAACGCGCAAGCGAGCCAAUUCUUCCUGGGAACGGCGGACGAUGGUAAGAAGUGUUACGGUAGACUUUCGUUAAUUUUUCUCUUCUAUUGUUAUUCUAUUCAUUAUUGAUAUCAUCCUUUUCCCUGUGGCUCGAAAAAGAGAGAGAGACGUUUGACAGGUACGAGUUUGUCGGGCAGUAUGGAUAAUCUGCGAAUGUGCAGUGUGCCGUUCGGUUCGGAUCAGUCGACAUCGGGUACUUCUAUCUGUCUGUUCAUUAUUAUAUUCAUUUAUUCAUGCACAGCCAGUUUCACACGCACACACCUUUUCUUUAACUGUACGGGCGGUCCUGAAAAUUCCCAGCCUUGAUCAAUCACAUUUACACUCUUUUCUCUAUCGCUCACAAGUUCCUUGUUUAUUUUUCUGUUCUGUUCUCCAUUUUAGACGCUUAGAUGGUCUAUGGAUAGCACACGCACGGCUUUGAAAGAAAUUAUCAGACGCAAUCAUUUCAGUUGUUUUUGUCGCUCCUCAGUCCUCACCACCCUAUGCUUUAUUGUUCAUGAUUUUAAAUGUAUACAUAUCAAUUAUGUCCCGUUCGCGAUCCACGGCUUCUUUUGAGUUUCUCUCACUGUACAACAACGGAAUGCCUAGUCUUUAUAUUCAUAGUCUCAUUUUUAUAUCUAUCCGGAACAAAUUUGGAUAACAAUACAGUCCGAUUUAUACAAUUUUGAACAUUUGCAGGUGCGUCCGACGAUCGUGACGAUGAGCUGUCGGUUCGAAGCGGUGGAGGCGGCCAUAAGAAGGCGCAGAACACGCCGAGCGCUCCGCUUCAGGUAAGAGACCCAAGAAGAAAACCUUUUUUUUCCAAUGAAAGCUGAGACGAUUUCCAAAGCGUUUGUUCAGUUUCAGUGGUACCAUUGAGAAAGUGUUUCUCGAAAUUUCGUCUAAUGAGCAAAGAAAAAAUGAACAUUAUGUUGGGCUGUAACCUUCAAAAUCGCUGUUCUCUGUUCAAAAUCAUGUAGAAACAACACAUUUUUUUGUCUUCAAAGUGCUCAUCCUCGCGGAGCCGAUCAAGAAGACCAUUUAGAGCGCGUUUGCAUUGAGGUACCCGCCACGACCCCUCAAUUAGGUGACAUUGAUUUACUCCAAAAAGUCGAGAAAGCACGAUUUGAUUACAAUCGUUUUUCUGUCAACUUUUUGAGAACCUAGUUUUGGAAAGAACCGUAACUGUCAAAAUUACUUCUAUGGGUGAUAUUCGUUCAGUUUCCACUCAUUUGCUGAAUCAUUAAUAAUGAUUAUGAUUUUCAGGGUUCGGAAGGCACGACGUCCCCCGGAUCGGUGGUUUCGUUCACUGGCGCCGCCGACGACGACGUGAUCAGUUCGGAGAGUGCGAACAUUCCGUUGAUGCGAGUGGUGAUGUCGAAGAAACAGACGAAGCGGAAGAACAACAAACUGCUCAAGGAGGGCUGGAUUGUGCACUAUGUCGAUCAGCAGAAUAUGGUACAACAUUCAAACAAUUCACUUUUUGAAAAACGCUGCUUGUUACAGCGUAAAAAGCACUAUUGGCGGUUGGACACGAAAAGUAUCACAAUGUACCAGGACGAGAAUUCGACGAGAUACUACAAGGAGAUUCCGCUGAACGAGAUACUCGGAGUGUCGAUUCCGGCCGAAAAAGUCGACUAUUUGUUCGAGAUCAAAACGGCCGGAUGCACUUAUUUCAUUUGUGAGUUUUAA